CAGUUAGAAGAGUAAAGAAAAGUCAAAGAAGAGGCAAGAGAAUAAAAGGCAAUCGUUUCUCUUAGUUCAAACUGAAAAGAAAGUUAGAAAGAAAGUUGAAAAAGAGAGAAAGAAGAAGGAAAGUAAAGGAAAAAGAAAAUGAAUAUCAUAUUUCGUUUUAUUAUACUCUGUUUGAAAGUUUUUAUUGAUUUUAUUGGAGAUUUAGUUGGGAAAUUUGGCUUGAAAUUGACACCAUUAACUUUUGAAGGAAUUUGCAGUUCUUUAUCUAAGGAAGCCAAAUCAGAAUUUCUCCAAACUGAUUAUCUUAGAAACAAUUGUUUAGUAUUUAUUGAAAACUCUACUGCAAAUAAUAUUAUUCCUCUCUCUGGACAAUACUUUCUUAGAGUAUGGCUUACUCAACUUAUGGAAUUGCACGUUAGAGUAAAGAAAUACUUGAAAAUGGAUCCGACAGUCAGUCAAGUACCAAUUAAGAGGCCAGUCUUCAUUUUGACUCUUAUAAGAACAGGAAGUACAUUUCUUCAUCAUUUGAUGAAUCAAGACGAAAAUUGGAAAUGCCCCGAGCUGUGGGAACUUGAAGAUUGCGCUCCUUCACCAGGAGAUAAUGCGGAAGAAGAUAAGAGAAGAAUAGCCUAUUGCAAAUUCAAAUGGGAUGUAUCAUCAGUGCUUAUGGGUUGGAACGACAUUAAAAAAUACCAUUCUCUCGAUCCGCAUAAUCCCGAAGAUUUAAUAUUUAAUAUUUAUUCCGAUUUCAAUUUUAUCGUAUCAAACCUAAUUCACGAAGGUAUGGAAGGAGAAUUUACAAAGUAUUUCAGCAAUCCCUCUAAGAAGAAUAGCGAUCUUUAUGACGAAAACUUAAAACUACGUCUACAGAUGAUUUGUAAGAAUGCAAAUAUGGAUAGAAGGAGACUUCUUACCAUGCAUCACGUCACUCCAGUUAAUCUGGAAUCUUUGAUAAAAGCAUUCCCCGACGCUCAGUUUAUCACGAUACACAGAGAUCCUGUUGGUCAGAUAAAAUCUGCUUGCGAACUUGUUAGAGUAAUGUCGAGAUCCUGUCGUAGACAUUUCAAUAACGAUAGAGUUGGAUUUGGUAGAAGAGUAUUGAAAGGAGCGACAGAGGACGGUAAAAAAUUGGUCAAUUGGCGAAAGAGUAACCAAUUUAAAACUGACGAAUUCAAGAGAUUUAUUGAUAUACAAUUUAAAGAUCUAAUUAAAACUCCAAUGAAAGUUGUUGAAGAUUUAUAUAAAGAUUUAGAUAUGACUUUGACGAACAGCAGUAAAGAAAAGAUGAAAGUAUACUUAGAUAAUUAUGAGAAAAAGACCGGAAAAUCAAAGUAUAAUUUAAAAGAAUACGGUCUAUCUGAAGAGAAAAUUCAAGAAUCUAUGAAGUUUUAUACGGAUUUCUUUCAAGUAUAAAAUUUUGAACAGCUAAAUAUUUGUUUGUUUGUCUAUUUAUUUUUAUUCGCGUUCUCUAUAAAACAAUAUGAAC